AUGAACGGAUUUAGAGCGAACACGAAUAGGCAUAAAUGGAAGUAUUGUAAUAAGGGCAACGGGACUCAGAAUGGCAACAAAGGUAGAUUUGAUCGGAAGCGUGAUAUGAUAUACAAGAAAAAUGAAGAAAAAAAUGUAGAAGAAAUUGUGGACUAUUUGAUUAACAUUUCUUACAUUUUAAAUGAAAAGUAUGAAAAGUAUUUUGUUCAUGAGUUGAAGGAAGAUAAUUUAAAAAAAGGAAAUAAAUGUUUUGGUGCCAUCAAUUUGAACUACUCCUACGAUGUGGAAGACGACAUAUGCAUUUUGAUAAAGAUAAAAGACGAAAUAAAAGGAAGCGAGAAGGAGUUAGCAGAUCAGAGGAAGUGCUCGAAGAUAAUGGAAAAGCUAAUAUACUAUUGUUUUUUCCUUUUAAAAUAUAAUGAAAAGGAUGAUCAGGAUGGGAGCAAUGGGAAAAUGAGCAUGCAGUGCAUAGAAAUUUAUAACCAUUUUUUGCAAGUCAUUUGUUCUGACUACAUCAAGUUAGCAUUGUCCAGUUAUGCUUCCCAUUUUGUGCAGACUGUUAUUUGCGUAUACUCCUUUUUUAGAAGAGUGGAGGAGAUGUAUGUUGAAGAGUUGAAGAAAAGAAACAAGGGUUACCAACCGUUGGGUGUUUACUUCAAAGAAAUUUGUAACGUGACCACGGAGAAGGUGUUCACGCUCAUGUUGAAUAAAUCUGGAACACACGUGUUAAGGUCAUUUUUGUAUUCCCUGGGUGGCUACCUAAAUAUUAACAUUUCGAAUAUAUCAUUUAGAAAGUCCAAAGUUAGGGGAACGAGCACGAGGACUGAAUUGAAGUACCUGGACAAAGGGCAAAGUAAGGGUGCCACGGGCGCAGGGGGAGAUGACCUGUUUUACGAAUACGUUGACAUAAUUGUGCAGAAGGUGACGGAGGAAAUUGCCAACCCGAAGGUGUCUCUCCCGAUGAAGAAUUUGCUAUACCAGUACGUCUUCUAUGACCAGGACGCGGGUUCAAACGGUGCAAACGGUGUAAACUAUGUAAACAGUCUGAACGGUGGAAAAGGGAGUACCGUGCGUAAUGGCGAUACGCAUGGCGAUAAGCAAGGCGCUCGCGAGGAGCAAUCCCUCGGAGAUGCCAAGUACAUUAUGGAGAGCCAAAGUCAGCAUUUCAUCCCGCCGCUGCUGUACCACACGUAUGCAGUUCCAGCGCUGGGAACCCUGUUCGAACUCCUGAAGGAGAAAAAUGUGGAAUGCGAUAAAUUAGUGAGAGAAGUAUUUCUAAUAGAGAAGACAAAAAAGUAUUUUAUUAACAAGACGCGAGAAAAUUGCAAGUGCCACGAAGAGAGUCCCCUAAAGCAAAUGCUGAAUAUUUUGAUUAAGAUGGAUGGGCCCAGCAUCAUGAUAGAAAAAUUGCUAAAAAUGAAUACAGAACCCAUCUUCUACGUGUUCAAUAUAUACAUUUUAAAAAAUAUAAAUAGCUUGGUGUGCGACAAUGCAUACUCCAGUUUGGUCAUCUUUAAUUACCUCACGUUGGAAAACAUCACGGAAGAGAUGUUUGACUUGCUCAUGAAAAAUGUGGACAUCGAUUUGAUAAUUCGAAGGAAAAAAUUUAACGUGCUGAGGCGCCUGUUCGAUUUGUCACAGUGUUACCAGAGGAACUGCAAGUUUCUCCUGAACGCUUUGCUGCGCUGGUUACGCGUGGUGGGUCCUGUUAUCGCGAACAGUGGCAAGAUUGAUCAUGGGAGUAAUGGACCAUCGGGCAACGGCGUUACUGAGGCAGCCCCCGUUGGCGCUGUGGGCGAUGGUAAAUUCCUGUGGAUAUGCAUCUUGUGCAUGCGUAGCUACCAGGAGCUACACCCUGUGCUCCGAGAUGUGUUCAGGGAGCAGAAGAAAAAGGGCCCAGGGGAAGAGGAGGGGGAAAGUGACAACAAUGGAGAGAACGCCAAUUUGAACAACUACAAUUUUUACGAUUAUAUAAAAGUGGAUACAAACGGCUACUACAUCCUGACGCACAUUCUGUCCUUUCCAAAAGAAUCCAUUACGCCUGUGAUUAAUUCUUUUAAGCAGUUUUGUAAUUUUUUAAAAAUUGUAAAUGGCAAUGUAGCUAGCCAAAAGGAUGUUGAAAAGUAUAAUAAUUUUUUUGAGACAUUCGGAGGAACCCAUGCGGGGCGUGAAACGCGUGAAGAGGCAGGUGAUGGUGAUGUUGGAAAUGGGGUAGCUGUUGAGGGAGGGAGACAGAUUCCGCCUGAACAUGCAAGGACAGGUAGUAAUAAUUUCCCCCCUCCAAAGAGAGAUGGCACAAAAGUCAAACCUUUUAUACGGAAGAAUGCAGACUUAAGAGGAAAUAUUUUGCUUUACUUCUCCUGUGAUAAAAAUUUGUCCGUCUUGUGUGAAAAAAUCGCACACACAUUUAACUUAAUAAACGCAAAAUAUUUGCGCAAUUUUAUUCUGUUGUUUAAAAGUGAGUAUAAGAGAAUAGCUAGCCAUUAUGUAGGAGCGCACACUAUAGUAACCUUUUUCAAGCUUGGCUCCGACGAGGUGAAGAAGAAAAUAUUGGAUGCCCUCGUGGAGGAGGAUAUUAACAUGUUUAAUGGCUACAUAAGGAAUUUCAUGAAGCUGAAGGAAUAUAAAAAGACCAAAACGAUAAGCACGAAUAGUAAGAAGUACCUCAAGGCGAAGGAGAUGUUCCAGGACAUCCUGGCCACUGCGAGGGAGAAGGAGGGAGCAGUGCCAGAAGAGGAAGGGGUUGAAGAUGCAGAAGAGGAACACGUAGAGCAAUCCCAUGAGGACAACGAGGUAGCCACUUCGGAUGAGGCUGGCUCGCUACAUUCUACGGACGUGGAAAAUGGAAAAACUGAUGCCAAGGGACCAGCUGCUAGCGCUGAUAUGCCUGGCGGAGAUGAAGACUACAUGAAUUUGAUAACAGACUUUAUAAAGAACUCGAAAAAGAAGAGCCGAAAGAGGAAGAAGGAAAAGGAAAAGAUAGAGCAAGUACUGGGGAAAAAGGCCAAGGGCACGUAA